AUGGGUUCCAUAUCACCUGUGUCCGAGCUGGACCACGAGCUCAGCACUGCCAUCGACGAGUACCACAGACGUAAUCCCAAAUCCUACAAGGUCAACCAAGCAGCCCGUGAGCAUUUACCUGGUGGCAACACGCGAACAGUGCUUCAUACACCACCUUUCCCGCUCUCCAUCUCCAAAGGAUCAGGCAGCGAACUCACCACCGGCGACGGCCACGUUCUCAAGGAUUUCCUCGGCGAGUACAGCGCCGCUAUCUACGGGCAUGACCACCCGACCAUCAAAGCAGCAAUCCACUCCGCCGCUGAACGUGGCUGGAAUUAUGGUGGCCAGCAUGAGCUCGAGGGCAAACUCGCCGCCACCAUCUGCUCCCAAGAGCGCUGGGGUCGCGGCGGAAUGGAGAUGUGUCGGUUCGUCAACUCGGGCACAGAAGCAAACCUCCUAGCCGUUACCACCGCCGUGGCAUACACCAGCGACCGCGACCGACAAGAAGCAGAAGCGAAAGCAUCCCCAACACCACCAAAACGCAACACGAUCCUCAUCUUCGCCGGCGGCUACCAUGGCAGCGUCAUCUCGAGCGCCAACCGUGCCCCAUCAUCCUCUUCUACAAACACCAGCCCCAAACUCUCCCUCAACAUCCCAUACAACUUCGUCAUCGCGCCAUACAACGACAUCUCCGCCACCGAAUCCCUCGCCUCCACUCUUGCCCCCAACACUCUCGCCGCGAUCCUGGUCGAGCCCAUGCUCGGUUCCGGCGGCUGCUUCAGCGCCCUCCCUGCCUUUCUACGCUUCCUCCGCCACCUCGCCGACUCCACAGGUGCACUAUUGAUCUACGACGAGGUCAUGACAAGUCUCGGCUCGCGCCACAUGGACUGGGGCAAGUUCGUCGGCGGAGGAAUGUCCUUCGGCGCCUUCGGCGGUCGCAAGGACAUCAUGUCUCUCUUCGACCCCGAAGGCGGCAGGCUAGAACACCCGGGGACGUUUAACAACAAUAUUUUCACAAUGAGUACAGGUCUAGCUGGGCUCGGCGUUCUUACGCCAGAGGUCAUGGCAGACUUGAACGGCAGGGGCGAGAGUCUGCGCCGGCAGCUCGAGGACGUCUUCAGCAGACACGGCUUUGGCUUUGCCAACGACACCAAGGACGCAGCCCAUACAGCAGCAACAGACCCCGUGCCAGGGGUGCAUCGUCCAUCAACAGAAGCAGAACUUGCUGGACCGAAGCAGACUGCUGUAGCCCUCCCGCCGUUGACGGUUCGUGCCAGAGGCAGCAUGCUCGUUAUCCACUUCAACCUUCCCUCGCACCUGAAGCCAAAAUUCCAGAACCUCUUCUGGCUACACAUGCUCUCCCAAGGUUACUGGAUCGCCGCAAGAGGGUUCAUCACGCUGAGUAUCGUGCUCACAGACGAGGACGUCAGAGGUUUCGUACAGGCAGUCGAUAGCUUUCUAGAACGAUACGGCGCACUUCUCCAGCGAGUUCGGCAAGAAGCACGCUGA